AUGGGAAAACAAGAGUUCGACGCGCGCCCCAGUGUAAUUGUUGUCGGUGCCGGUGCUGGUGGUGUUGCGGCGGCUGCGCGCCUCGCCGCGGCGGGAUGUAAAGUCACGCUUGUUGAGAAGAAUGACUUCUCUGGUGGGCGAUGCAGUCUGAUACAUCGCGACGGCUACAGAUUUGAUCAAGGACCCAGUUUACUCCUACUCCCCGAGUUAUUCAAAGAGACGUUCCAGGACCUCGGGACUUCGCUCGAGGAUGAGGGCGUUCAUCUGGUCAAAUGCAAUCCCAACUACAACGUCCACUUCCACGAUGGCACAAAUUUCAAGCUAUCGACUGAUGUUGCGGUCAUGAAAGAGGAAAUCGAGCGAUUCGAGGGUAAAGAUGGUUUCGAACGCUAUCUUGGUUUCCUGCAGGAGUCCCACCGUCACUACGAAUUGUCUGUCAUCCAUGUGCUCAAGAGGAAUUUCUACUCGCUGUUCAGCAUGGUCCGCCCGAGUUUCUUGCGCCACUUGAUUGCUCUGCAUCCCUUUGAGAGCAUCUACACCCGAGCCAGUGUCUAUUUCCGCACCGAGAGACUACGGAGAGUAUUCACAUUUGCAAGUAUGUACAUGGGUAUGAGCCCAUUUGACGCUCCUGGAACAUACAGUUUGUUGCAGUACACGGAACUUGCUGAGGGGAUCUGGUACCCUCUCGGUGGAUUCCACAAGGUCAUCGAAGCUCUGGUCAAUAUUGGUGAGCGUAACGGUGUUGAAUACAUGUUCAACAGCCCUGUCUCAGGGAUACAGCUUUCCGACGACGGGAAACGGGCAACGGGAGUAACAUUCCAGGACGGCAGGCCGCCUCUCACCGCAGACCUGGUUGUUUGCAACGCUGAUUUGACAUACGCUUACAACGAACUCCUCCCAUCUUCCAGCUAUGCCAAAUCCCUCCAAGGGCGCAAAGCCUCGUGUUCAAGCAUAUCCUUCUACUGGGCACUCGACAGACAAUUCACCGAACUCUCCGCACACAACAUCUUCCUUGCCGAAGACUACAAAGAGUCCUUUGACAGCAUCUUCAAGAAGCACCUUAUCCCCGACCAACCGAGCUUCUAUGUCAACGUACCCUCGCGCGUCGAUCCCUCCGCAGCACCCAAGGGAUGCGACUCUCUUGUCGUUCUCGUCCCUGUAGGCCACCUCGAAGACUAUGGUUCAGACUUACACAAAGGCUCCAAGGACAAUGCAGGGAGGACGCAAGACUUCAAUUCGAUGGUGCAGAUGGCGCGCGACACGAUCCUCAAGACCAUCGAAGCCCGCCUGAACAUCGACAUCCGCUCCCACAUCGUCGACGAAGUCAUCAACACGCCCGUGACCUGGAAAUCCACAUUCAAUCUCGAUCGCGGCGCAAUCCUAGGCCUCUCGCACUCCUUCUUCAACGUUCUUGCUUUCCGCCCAAAGACAAAGCACGCUUCCAUCGAGGACCUAUACUUUGUAGGCGCGAGCGCGCAUCCAGGAACAGGCGUGCCGAUCGUGCUUGCGGGUGCGAAGCUGGUCAGUGACGAGGUGUUGGCCAAGUUGAGGAUGGCGCCAAAGAGCAUGGAUCAGGGGGAGAAGGCCGUGAUGAAGGAGGAGUACAGAGUCAUGCAGAAAUGGGGUGUUCCGCUGAAGAGCCAUUUGGACGUGCAGAGCAGGACGGCGUACUCGAUCUGGUUGCAGUGGUGGGUGCCGGCUCUGCUUAUGCUGAUUGCUAUCUGGCUGUGGAGUGGGACCAGCCAAGGGCUGAGUGUGCUGUCUUGA